GCCACCAGGGAGUUCCGCCAGGAGGAGUUUCGGAAGCUGGCGGGUCGCGCCCUCGGGAGACUGCACCGCCUCCUGGAGAAGCGGCAGGAAGGAGCGGAGACGCUGGAGCUGAGCGCCGACGGGCGCCCGGUGACUGCGCAGACCCGGGACCCGCCGGUCGUGGACUGCACCUGCUUCGGCCUGCCUCGCCGCUACAUCAUCGCCAUCAUGAGCGGUCUGGGUUUCUGCAUCAGCUUUGGCAUCCGCUGCAACCUGGGCGUGGCCAUCGUCUCCAUGGUCAACAACAGCACGACGCACCGCGGAGGCCACGUGGUGGUGCAGAAAGCCCAGUUCAACUGGGAUCCAGAGACUGUCGGCCUCAUACACGGCUCCUUUUUCUGGGGCUACAUAGUCACCCAGAUUCCUGGAGGAUUCAUCUGCCAAAAAUUCGCAGCCAACAGGGUUUUCGGCUUUGCCAUUGUGGCUACAUCCACUCUGAACAUGCUGAUCCCCUCGGCCGCCCGUGUCCACUAUGGCUGCGUCAUCUUCGUGAGGAUCCUGCAGGGGUUGGUAGAGGGAGUCACAUACCCCGCCUGCCACGGGAUCUGGAGCAAAUGGGCCCCCCCCUUAGAACGGAGUCGUCUGGCGACGACAGCUUUCUGCGGUUCCUACGCUGGGGCGGUGGUCGCGAUGCCCCUCGCCGGGGUCCUGGUGCAGUACUCGGGAUGGAGCUCCGUUUUCUACGUCUACGGCAGCUUCGGGAUCUUCUGGUACCUGUUCUGGCUGCUGGUUUCCUACGAGUCCCCCGCGCUGCACCCCAGCAUCUCAGAGGAGGAGCGCAAAUACAUCGAGGACGCCAUUGGCGAGAGCGCCAAACUCAUGAACCCCGUCACGAAGUUUAACACGCCCUGGCGGCGCUUCUUCACCUCCAUGCCGGUCUACGCUAUCAUCGUGGCCAACUUCUGCCGCAGCUGGACGUUCUACCUGCUCCUCAUCUCCCAGCCGGCGUAUUUCGAAGAGGUGUUCGGCUUCGAGAUCAGCAAGGUGGGCCUGGUGUCGGCGUUGCCCCACCUGGUCAUGACCAUCAUCGUGCCCAUCGGCGGCCAGAUCGCCGACUUCCUGCGGAGCCGCCGCAUCAUGUCCACCACCAACGUGCGCACCCUCGUAGGCUUCGGCAUGGAAGCUACCCUGCUGCUGGUGGUCGGCUACUCGCACUCCAAGGGCGUGGCCAUCUCCUUCCUGGUCCUCGCCGUGGGCUUCAGCGGCUUCGCCAUCUCUGGAUUCAACGUGAACCACCUGGACAUCGCCCCACGCUAUGCCAGCAUCCUCAUGGGUAUCUCCAACGGCGUGGGCACGUUGUCGGGCAUGGUGUGCCCAAUCAUUGUGGGCGCCAUGACCAAGCACAAGACUCGGGAGGAGUGGCAGUACGUGUUCCUCAUUGCCUCUCUGGUGCACUACGGAGGUGUCAUCUUCUAUGGGGUCUUCGCUUCUGGGGAGAAGCAGCCGUGGGCGGAGCCCGAGGAGAUGAGCGAGGAGAAGUGUGGCUUUGUGGGCCACGACCAGCUGGCUGGCAGCGAUGAGAGCGAGAUGGAGGAUGAGGCCGAGCCCCCCGGGGCACCCCCUGCUCCCCCUCCUUCCUAUGGGGCCACUCACAGCACAGUUCAGCCCCCAAGGCCCCCACCCCCUGUCCGGGACUACUGACCACGUGCCUCCCAUUGAAUGGCAGUUUCCAGGACUUCCACUGCAUACACCUCUGGCCUGGGUGAUGGUGUCAAGGAACCCCACUCUUCUUUGUCCUGACUCAGGCCUAAGAAGCACUCUCCCUUGUUCCUAGUGCUGUCAAAUUCUCUUCCCUUCCCAUCUGCCUCUCAGGGGUAGUGAAGCUGCAUACUGGCAGUUUCAAGGAUGCCCAAUUUCCCCUAAAGGUUCCCUUCUCCCCUUGUUCUGCCUCAGUGGUUUCGAAUCUCUCCUUUCAGGGCUUUAUUUGAAUGGACAGUUUAACCUCUUACUCUCCAGGAGGCACAUUCCCCCCAUUCCUUUAAUUCCAGGGGUGCACAGGCUAAUCCCUGAGAUCACUCAGUCUCCCUUUCCUUUCAGAAAAAUUCAAGGUCUUCCUCUAGAAGUUUCAAAUCUCUUCCAACUAUAGUCUGCAGUUUCAAGGUUGGUUUAACCAAAUCACCUGUCCCCGCCAUUCCAGGGAUUGAUUUUCACCAGCGUUUCUGAGGGAAAAUGGCGGUUUCAAGUCCCUCCUUCACACGGACCCCCUCCCCCGCAGCAGUUUCUGCCCAAACACCAAAUUCCCCAGGACCUUCUCCCUAGCUUAGCACAGCGUCAGGGGAAACAACCAAAAUGGCGGUAACAAUAUGCCUCUCUCCACCCCCUUGCACUUUUUCUGACAGUUUUCAGGGUUAAAUGGUGGCUGCUCAAGUCCAUUAACUUAAUGGUUUGAAGCCACCACCACUGAACUUCCUGCUGGUGGUUUCAAGAUGCCCCUCGCCCCUCCAUUCCUUGCACUUUAUUCUCCUGGGUGGUUUCAGACCACCCGCAGUUUCUCAGUGGCCAUUUGUUGUGUCCCUCAGGGGCUAAAUGACUCAAAAUCUGGGAUCCUCCCCCUCUCAGACACCCCUCUUUCGUCUUAGAAUUUGGGGCAAAUAUAUAAGAGAAGUCACAGAAUCCCAGGAACGGGAAUGGGGCCAGGGGAGAGGGGUGUCGCCCGGGGCAGGGUUGUGUCUCUGUGUCUUCUGUCUCUGUGACUGUAAAUCCUGCCUGGCCCCACUCCCAAUAAAAUGCUGUAGUGUACAGA